CUUGAGUGUAACGAACGUAAACUUUAUGACGGUCGAAGUGUCGAGCAGAUGUCCGGGUUGGUUGUGAGAUGUACGUCAUUGCUCUCAUGUCCAGCUCACUCACGCGGCUGCAGCACGAAUCUUCGACGCUAAACCGCCAGCGGAACCCCCAAGUAAAAAGAUUCAUCUUCCCCUCGUUCUGAUCCAGCUUGUCAGAUUCAUUUAUCACACAUUUAUCUCACAGGAGGAAACAAGAUGACUUUGCUCGAAGAAGCUCAGCGCGUCGCGGAUGAGUUUGAGUUUACGAGUGAGCAGUUGAAGACUGCCGUCGUCGAGUUUAGACGACUCAUGGAUCUCGGUUUGAAGAACAACGACGAAGCCAUGACCAUGAUCCCAACCUUCGUCUCCGACGUCCCAACCGGCACCGAAAAAGGCACUUUCCUCGCCCUUGACAUCGGUGGUACCAACCUCCGCGUCUGCUCCAUCCACCUCCAAGGCGACGGAACCUUCCACCUCGUCCAAUCCAAAUCCGCGAUCCCAAAAGCCAUGAUGAUUGGCUCCUCCCACGAUCUCUUCUCCUUCAUCGCAGAGCGGAUCGAGUCCUUCAUUCGCGAACACCAUGAAGAUAAAUUCGAUUGUACGGAGCCUGAGCAUAUGCUCCAACUCGGGUUCACAUUCUCGUUCCCCGUUAACCAAACCGCCGUGAACAAGGGCGUAGUCCUCCGCUGGACGAAAGGAUUCAACAUCCCCGAUGCGGUCGGCGUGGACGUCGUCGACCUCCUCCAACGCGCCAUCGACGCAAAAUCUCUCCCCGUCAAGGUCGCAGCCCUCGUCAACGACACCGUCGGCGCCCUCAUGGCCCGUGCCUACGCCGCCCCCAAAGGAACCGAAUCCCUCAUCGGCGCAAUCUUCGGCACGGGCACGAAUGGUGCCUACGUAGAGAACAUGGAAAACGUCCACAAACUCGAAAAAGCAGAACACCAAACCCCGACGAUGGUCAUCAACACUGAAUGGGGAGCCUUCGAUAACGCUAUGCGUGUUCUCCCUGCUACACCCUACGAUAACGCGCUCGACCACGCGUCUGUUAACCCCGGGUACCAAAUGUACGAAAAACGCAUUUCGGGGAUGUUCCUUGGCGAGAUCUUCAGACAGGCGAUUAUUUCGCUCACUACCGCCUCGGACCCUGGUAUGGGCGGUGCGUCCCUCUUCAACGGCGAAGCCUCCAAACAACUCAAUCUGCCGUUCUCGCUCGAUACAUCCGUUCUCUCCGCUAUUUCGGAAGACGAGAGCCCCGAUCUCGCGACGGUUAAGAAGGUGGUACAGGAACAACUCGGUGUCUCUGCUGGGCUUGAAGCCAUCGAAACCCUCCAAGCCGUCCAACUCGUUUCCCGAGCAAUUGGACGCCGCGCAGCCCGACUCUCCGCCAUCGCACUCUGCGCAAUCAUCUCCGCCUCCGGCCGCCUUUCCUCAUCCCCCACCUCCAAGGUCGACAUCGGCGUCGAUGGGUCCGUUGUCGAAUUCUACCCUAACUUCGAGGAAAUGGUUAGAGAAGCGAUCCGCGAGGUUCUGGGCGAGGAGAAAGAGGGACGUCUGACGUUUGGGUUGGCGAAGGAUGGGAGUGGGGUUGGGGCUGCGCUUUGUGCGUUGAUGGCGAGGAAGCAGCAGGAGAUGGGGAUUAGGUAUUCGGCGGAUGAGUUGUUGAAGGAGAAGGGGGAGAUUUGA